AUGUCCGAAACUAAAGAAUCAGUAUCGAAUACAAAUCCGGUAGCAUGUAUUACCGCCGCCGAUGAUGCUUUAAAUUUUCUCAACCAACAAGGCGAUACUGGGAGCUCACCACGGGGUCUGGCGGAUAUUCGUCACAAAGUUGAUCGGAGGAUCCUGCCGUUCAUGUUCUGCUGUUACUUCUUGCAGUUCAUCGAUAAGGUUAUGUACAACUAUGCAGGCGUUAUGGGAAUGAAAGCCGAUCUCAAACUCAAAGGAAAUGACUUUAGUAACGCAGCAAGCGCCUUCUUCAUUGCGUAUCUAGUCACAGAAGUUCCCAAUGUAUAUUUCCUUCAAAAGAUUCCUCCGGCAAAAUGGCUUGGUUUCAAUGUGAUCUGUUGGGGUAUUGCCGCUACCGCUGCCGCUGGAGCCAAGGAUUACACAACGCUUCUUGUCGCAAGAAUAUUUCUGGGUAUAUUCGAGGCCACAGUUGGGCCGUCGCUCAUGUUGAUCAGCAGUCAAUACUACACCAAGUCUGAGCAAGCACCAAGAUUCACGUUUUGGUUCUUGGGUCUGGGAGUAGCACAGAUCAUUGGCGGGGUUAUAUCGUUCGGUUUCCAACAUGUCCACAGCAAAUUCGCUAGUUGGCGGAUCAUGUUUCUGGUCAUGGGACUGAUAACAGUGCUCGUCGGCUUCAGUACGCUUUUCUGUCUCCCUGACACGCCAAUGCAGGCCAAGUGGCUAUCCGACGACGAAAAAGUGGCACUUUUGCAACACACCCGGAUCAAUCAAACUGGUAUUCGCAACAGCAAAUUCAACUUUAGGCAAAUUCUCGAAGCAGUCUUAGACGUCCAAGUCUGGCUAUUCUGCUUGAUGGUUGCUUUGCAAGCCGUUUCCAGUGGGGUGGUCAUUGCAUAUUCAUCAACCCUCAUAGCAGGCUUUGGCUUCGGUGGCCCAGUCUCUGCCCUUCUCAAUGCCCCAUCUGGUAUUGUAAGCAUUUCCUUCACACUGCUUGUCGGUAUCGGUAUUCGUAAGGCCUCGAAUCGAUGGGCGUGGGUUUUCGUUUGCAGUAUUCCUGGAAUCAUUGGUGGUGGGCUUAUGUCCUUCCUUCCCAAGGACAAUCGAGCCGGUGUUCUAGCUGGGAUAUACUUGGUCAACGCGAUUGUGGCACCUUUACCGGUUAUCUAUCAUUGGGUAGCAGCCAACUGUGCAGGGUACACCAAGCGUGCAUUCGCAAGUGCAGCGGUCGCUGGGUUUUUCUGUGUGGGUAACAUUAUCGGACCACAAACCUUUCAGGAUCGAGACGCACCCGAGUACAGACCGGCGAAAAUAUCAGUGCUUGCAACUCAAGCAGCUGCAGCCGUCUUAGCAGUUGUUCUAUUCGCCUACUAUAUCAAAGAGAACAGACGCCGAGAACGCCUUCAAAACUCAAAUGGUGGUGAAGACCCAAUCAGCGACGAGGCAGCUUGGGGAGGUCUUACGGACAAAGAAAACCAAAGCUUCCGAUAUGUAUAUUGA